AUGGUUGAACAGAGGUUGUUUGCUAGAGUUAUUCCAAUAGUGUUUCAAGCUGUUAAAGACAAGGAUGCUUCUAUUUCUGACAUGCUUGGUGCAACUUGUUGGAAUUCUGCUUUUAAGAAAACUUUGGAUGCGAGUGAACAACUCGAGUGGGAUUUGCUCAAACGAGAUCUCUCUUUUCUACCAACUCUAGUGGAUGCAGAAGAUGAGAUGACCAUCAUGGAGAAUUUCAACACACAAAGAUGCUACGAGAUCUUAGCUGGUGAUUAUGAGGCGUGCAAUUUUGAGCAAAAUCUUUGGAAGAGCAAUGUUCCACACAAGGUUAGCUUUAUCUUAUGGGCAACCUUUCAUAACUCUCUUCCCACUAGAGAUAUGUUGAUUCACAGAGAUAUGGAUAUCGAGAAUGACCUGUGUCCUCUAUGUAACACUGAAAAGGAAUCAGCUGAGCAUAUGUUCAUGCAUUGUGCCUAUUUUUUCGAGAUUUGGGACUACUUUAUCAUAACCUUCAAGAUUUCUUGGCCAUUGCCAGCCACGUCACUGCAACUUUUUGAUGCUUGGAAAACAAGCGUUAUGAAUGGUAGAGCUAGAGAGAUUUGGAAAAUAAUUCACUAUGCGAUCUGCUGGAUGUUGUGGAAGGAGAUAAACUAG